GUGGCAGGUACCAUGAAGCUGGAGUUGGCUCAGUACCGUGAAGUAGCUGCCUUUGCCCAGUUCGGGUCUGAUCUGGAUGGGGGCUGGGUGCAGCACUGACGUGUCCCGAUGCGAGUUACUGGUGGCGUAACUGCUUUCUCUUCCGCAGUUCCCAUGGCCAUUGAGGAGCAGGUUGCAGUCAUCUACGCUGGUGUAAGAGGUCACUUGGACAAGCUGGAGCCCAGCAAAAUCACUAAAUUUGAGAGUGCUUUCCUAGCUCACGUACUGAGCCAGCACCAGGCCCUCCUUUCCACAAUCAG